AUGGAGGCGGAAGGACUGGCAGAAUCAUCCGACAGCGCAGCGGCUGCGCCAAAGUCAGCCGACAGCCACAGCGAAGUGGCUGAAGGUGGCCCCGCUCCGGAAGUGGUCACAUCGUUGCUCAAGUCGGUGCAUGAUACAGCCGCUCAGGCGGCAGUGGCACGUGCCGGCGCGGAUGAGGCGGCGCCAGCAGAAGAGGCUGCGGAAUCGGGGGCAGAUGCUGCGGCACAGCCUCGGCAGGUGCGUGUGGAGCUCCAGACCAUCGCGGGGGAGAUGCUCACAAGUGCUCUGGUGACUCCAGGAAUGACCUGUGGCAGCUUCAAGAUGCAGAUCGUCGAUCUGCUGCCCUCCGGGCGCUGUUUGGAUGCGCUGCUGCUGGGAUCCGAGGUGCUGGACAACGCACAGCCCAUGGAUGUCGAAGAUGGUGCCGUCCUGACCGCCGUGUUGGGGCAUCCACGCUUCCAGCAAAGCGAUGCGGACGACGGCAUCAUCAUUGAGGAUGGCGGGAACUGCGCAAGUCUCAAAAGUCGCGGCGGGAGCUUCUAUCCGUCGGCUCUCAUCCCGGUGCCUCUCGCCGCUGGUCAGCAGCACUACUUCGAGGUAGAGUUGUGCUGGUCGGGCGUUACGGAAAGGCGCAAGAUCAGUUUCCGCAUGGGAAUUUGCCGCGAGCGGCCGCGUAUGGGAUACCUUGGGAAAGCUCAAGAUGAAUUCUCCUUCUGGUGGGACGACGGCGAUAUUUACCACCGAGGCAAUCGAUAUCGUCCGGGAGGAUUGACAAAGUCGCAUCCCAUGGCCAUCGGCGAUCGCGUUGGUGUGAUUGUGGACCUGAGGCAUCCCGUUGCGCCCCUCGAGUUCGUCUUGAAUCGAAAAUCGACGGGGCCCUUCUUGAGGCAUACCGUGAAGCACUUGGUCUUGGAAGGAGCCCCGCUCUACCCCUGCGUGAGCUUCUGCCUGAACCAUGUAGGUUGUUUUGCCAAACUCACCCAUCUUGGGCCUCCGCCCACGGACAUUGUGCCAUGGAAUCCCGAUGAGACCGAAUGGCCUACGCCGGGUUGA